AUGGAUGGGGCGGGGGGUGGUGCUGGCACCACGGGGGGUAUGGGUGGGGGGUCAGCGGGGACAGACUCUCGCCCCACCCGAAACGGGGACUCCAAGCGACGCAGCAAGAGCAGCCUCCCGUCCCCGGGGUACCGCCUCUCCCAGGCGUCUCUGGAGGGCGAGAGGAGCGACCCCGGGGGAAAACGGCGGCUUUCGAUCAUGAGCGCCACGCGUGACGGGGUUCCCUUCCGCCCCGGUACCGCCGCGGGCACCCCCACUACCCCGAUACCCCUGCCCCCUCCCCCUGGCCCCGCCAGUUCGGCGCCCGCCACGGUGCAGCGGUCCGUCGGCUUCGCCGCCUCGCGCGCCGCCCUGGCCUCCACCUCCUCCUCCACGGGGACCGGGGUGGUCGUCGUGGCGACGGGUCCGGAGACCACCACCACCACGGCGGCGGGGACCCCCGAGGCGGGUCUGGGUUUGGACGGAGAAGACUACAGCUGCUCCAACCAGUCCACCUUCAUCCAGAGGCAGUUCGGGGCCAUGCUGCAACCCGGAGUCAACAAGUUCUCCCUGCGAAUGUUCGGCAGCCACAAGGCUGUGGCCCAGGAGCAGGAGAGGCUGAAGUCUGCAGGCGUCUGGAUCAUACACCCUUACAGCGACUUCAGAUUUUACUGGGACUUGCUGAUGUUGUUACUGAUGAUGGGGAACCUCAUCAUCUUGCCGGUGGGCAUCACGUUUUUUAAGGACGAGAACACUCCGCCCUGGAUCAUCUUUAACGUGGUGUCCGACACCCUCUUCCUGGUCGACCUGGUUCUCAAUUUCCGCACGGGCAUCGUGAAGGAGGACAGCACCGAGAUCAUCCUGGACCCGCGGGCCAUCCGACAGCGCUACCUGAAGAGCUGGUUCCUGGUGGACUUUGUGUCGUCCAUCCCGGUGGAUUACAUCUUCCUGAUGGUGGACCUGGAGGCCCGUCUGGAUUCGGAGGUGUACCGGACGGCCAGGGCGCUGCGGAUCGUCCGCUUCACCAAGAUCCUCAGCCUGCUCCGCCUGCUCCGCCUGUCCCGCCUCAUACGCUACAUCCACCAAUGGGAGGAGAUCUUCCAUAUGACCUACGACCUGGCGAGCGCCAUGGUGCGGAUCGUGAACCUGAUUGGGAUGAUGCUGUUGCUAUGUCACUGGGAUGGCUGUCUGCAGUUCCUGGUCCCCAUGCUCCAGGACUUCCCCUCUGACUGCUGGGUCUCCAAGAACAACAUGGUGAACGACACGUGGGGUGUCCAGUACUCCUACGCCCUGUUUAAAGCCAUGAGCCACAUGCUUUGUAUCGGAUACGGGGCUCAGGCUCCGGAGGGAAUGACGGACGUUUGGCUAACCAUGCUGAGCAUGAUCGUGGGCGCUACCUGCUACGCCAUGUUCAUCGGGCACGCCACCGCCCUCAUCCAGUCCCUCGAUUCCUCUCGACGGCAGUACCAGGAGAAGUACAAGCAGGUGGAGCAGUACAUGUCCUUCCAUAAGCUCCCUGCUGAUAUGAGGCAAAAGAUUCAUGAGUAUUACGAACAUCGUUACCAGGGCAAGAUGUUUGAUGAGGACAACAUUCUGGGAGAGCUGAGUGAGCCGCUGAAGGAGGAAAUCGUAAGUUUCAACUGCCGCAGUCUGGUGGCCAACAUGCCUCUCUUUGCCAACGCUGACCCCAACUUUGUAACAGCGGUGUUGACAAAGCUUAAGUUUGAGGUAUUCCAGCCAUCUGACUUCAUCAUCCGUGAGGGAACAGUUGGCCGCAAGAUGUACUUCAUCCAACACGGACGUGUCAGCGUUCUCACCCGUGGCAACAAGGAGACCAAGCUCAGUGAUGGGUCAUAUUUUGGAGAGAUCUGUUUGUUGACUCGCGGUAGACGGACGGCGAGUGUCAGGGCUGACACGUACUGCCGGCUGUAUUCCCUGAGUGUUGACAGCUUUAACGAGGUCCUUGAGGAGCACCCAAUGAUGAGAAGAGCCUUUGAGACCGUGGCUGUUGACCGGCUAGACCGAAUUGGUAAGAAGAACUCCAUCCUAUUGCGUAAAACAUCACAAGGUGGCUCAGUAGCAGGGAGCAGCGUUGGUCGAGGAGCAGGGGGCGGUAGCCGUGGGGGAGGAGGAGGAGGAGCAGGCGGAGCUGGAAGUGCAGGCAUCGGAGGUCUGGGCUCUUGCGACAGCGUCUUGGUACAGCAGAUUGUCAAACAUGACAGUAUGCCCACUAUGCAGGACAUCGCCGCAGGCAACCGAACUAGCAGCGGGGGCACCAUCUCGCCCCGUCCCCGACCCGUCAUCUGGGCACCGUUAGUCCACGCACCCUUACAGACAGCCGCUGCCACCACCAACGUGGCCAUCGCACUAAUGCAUCAGCAACAGCAACAGCAGCAGUUGCAGCAGCAGCUGCAGCAGCAGCAUGCUCUUGGGGCUGCAGUCUUUCUACCCUCGCCCCUCCCAAUUUCACCAUCCCCUUCCUCUUGUCCCCUCUCCCCCCCUCGACCCCCAAUCCUGCAUCCCCGCCAGUCUGUCGGCUCCCCCAUGGGUGUGGUGGGUGGACUUCCGCCUCGAGGAGUUCCUGCGUCCAUGACCCCAGCACCCUCCCCUUCUACAGUGGGGCCACCUACAGUAGGAGGUGCUCCUCUCACAGGAGGCAUAGGAGGGAGUGGAGUAGCUAAAACUCCCUCUACUCCUGCAUCUUCAGUACCUACACCUUUGCAAGCCGGUAGAACACUACACAACAGUCUCCGCCUCCAGACAGAAACCAUGGGAGUCAGUGGUGCGGCAGUGGGCGGAGCUACUACACCACCACUCCACAAAGUCCAGGCACCUUCCUCCACAGUGGCGGCACUUCCUGCUGAAGGGCACAGCAUUGUUGGCAGCCAACAAGGAGCAAAGGAAGCUUUACUCCGUCACGUAGGCGGAGGCAGCACCCAAGGCCUUCCAGCGUUGGGCCGACUGACCCGAGAGGCCAGGCUUCUCUCUGCUUCGCAGCCCUCUCUCCCUCACCGUAGCUGGGUAGGUGUACAGCCGCAUCCACCUCUGCUCCGAAAGGCCUCUGGGGGAAACCUGCUACCGGCGCCUUUUCUUGUGUCGUCGGGGCAACUUGCAAGAGGCGGUAGUGCAGGUGUUCUGAGCUCAAAUACUCCGAUGGCACAAACACAACCCCUCCACGCUCACGCCCCUCUGCCUCUGUCUUCACAGCUGUCCCAGACCCCCCCAGCAACGCCUGUCCCUGCAUCCCAUAUCUCAUCCACAUCACCCCCAAAACAGACUCCUCUUUCCUCUGCUUCCCCCUCCCCUGCCCUCACCCCUGCGGCAUCUGGCCCAGGUGUCCCCCAGAGCCAGCGCCCAAAACCCAGUCCUAGUCCAACGCCACCCUCCCGCUCAUCCUCCCCUCCCCCUUCCACCUCAACACCACCACUGAGUUCAGGCUCCACCCCUCUGGCUCCUCCUCAAUCCCAAAGCACAAAGCCUUCACCCACAUCUCCAUCUUUCCCUUCUGCCUCCUCUCUCUCGUUCACUGCCUCCCCUCCACCUUCAGCUGUUGGUCCCUCUCUCCCUCAAAGCCCUCGCUCCAAACUUUCCCAAACACCUCCACCCCCCUCACCUCUGUGCGGCACCAGCCCAAGUCCUACCCCCAGCCAAACCCCAAUCUUGUCUCCAACUCCUACACAAACCCCAACACUUAGCCCUAGCCCGGUUCCAACCCCCAUUCAAACCCCUGCUCCUACACCCAUCCAAACACCAACCCCUACCCAAACACCAACGACUACACCCGGUCAAACCCCAGCCCCAACUCCCAUUCAAACACCAGCUCAAACCCCCAUUCAAAAUCCAGCACUUACUCAGACCCAAACUGCAAAGUCAAGUUUAACACCAUCUUCAACCCAGAUCCAAACACCAACCCCUACUCAAACCUCAACUCCAACUGCAACUCCAGCUUCUACAUCUCCUAAUCCAGCCUCCAUCACCUCCACACCAAUUCUUGCUCCUUCUUCCACAAAGCAAACUACAGCUGCUUUACACCCAAAACCCACUUCCAUUCCAACAUCUACCCCUGCUUCCAUCCCAGUUUCGUCAGCUCCCAUGACCCCAACAACCCAUUCCACCUCCAAAACGUGUGCUCCCGCCCCUUCCGCCGCAUCUAAAGGGGCCAACAAAGACCCAGAACUCCCCUCAGCUCGGAAAGACUCAGAGUCACUGAGACAAAAACUGCAUGCCAACAUGUGA